AUGCAGCUCUUCAAUUCCACCUUAGGAAGUGGCUUCAUCUUGGUGGGGAUCCUGAGUCACAGUGAAUCUCCUGAACUUCUCUGUGCCACAAUUGCAGCCCUGUACACAUUGGCCCUGAUCAGCAAUGGUCUGCUGCUCCUGGUUAUCACAAUGGAUGUACGGCUCCACAUGCCCAUGUACCUCCUGCUUGGGCAGCUCUCGCUUAUGGACCUCCUGUUCACAUCAGUUGUCACUCCUAAGGCCCUCAUGGAUUUUCUGUACAGAGAAAACAGCAUUUCCUUUGGAGGUUGUGCCCUGCAGAUGUUUCUGGCACUGACACUGGGUGGUGCAGAAGACCUCCUAUUGGCCUUCAUGGCCUAUGACAGGUAUGUGGCCAUUUGUCAUCCUUUGAACUACAUGGUCUUCAUGAGGCCUAGAGUCUGCUGGUUCAUGGUGGCCUCAUCCUGGAUUCUGGCAUCCCUUAAUGCCUUAGGACACACAGUGUACACCAUGCAUUAUCCUUUUUGUAUGUCCCGGGAAAUCAGACAUCUUUUCUGUGAGAUUCCAAACUUGCUGAAGCUGGCCUGUGCAGAUACCUCCAGAUAUGAGCUCAUGGUCUAUGUGACAGGUGUAACUUUCCUCUUGCUCCCUCUUUCUACAAUUAUUGCUUCCUACAUUCUGAUCCUAUUCACUGUGCUCCAGAUACCCUCAAAGGAGGGGAGGAAGAAAGCACUUUUCACCUGCUCCUCCCACCUGACUGUGGUAGGGAUGUAUUAUGGGGCAGCUACACUCAUGUACGUCCUACCCAGUUCCUUCCACAAUCCCAAGCAGGAUAACAUCACCUCUGCUUUUUACACAGUUGUCACCCCAGCCCUGAACCCCCUCAUUUACAGCCUGAGGAAUAAGGAAGUCAUAGGGGCUUUGAGGAGGAUCCUAGGAAAAUAUAAGGUGCAAACCCAACCUAUUCUCUACUUAGACCUCCAAAAUUAA